GCAGAUGACAUAGUUGUUAUGAGUGAAUGGCAGAUGAGCUUCAAAGUUUGUUGGAUGUAGUGGAUGGCUAUGGUAAAGACUUUGGAGUAAGGUUUAGCAGUGAGAAAAGCAAAGUAAUGAUUGUGAAUGGGUCAGAGGAUGAAAGUAAUGUGGUAUGGAGACUUGGAGAGAAUGAGUUGAGACAGGUGCAAGAAUACAAGUACUCAGGGAUGUGGAUGAGUCCUAGUGGGUGUGCAAAGGCAAAGAAUGAAAAGAUAAAUAUGCUAAACCAGUGGGUAGGUCGACUGGGAAGCGCGGCAAGGAUGAGAGCAAGUAAGUAUGAUGUGUUGAGAGAAGUGUGGAAGAGUGUGGCUGUCCCAUGUAUAAUGUAUGGUAUGGAUGUGAUUGCAUGGAAGGAAAAUAAAAUUGAAAAGUUAGAAGUGGGCCAGAAUAGAGUAGCAAAGAUUGGCACUGAGUCCACCGAGGGGCACAGCAGUUGAAGCCUUGAGAGGUGACAUCGGAUGGCGCACCUUUAGGGAAAGACUCACAAAAGCCACACAAGAUUAGGCUUGAGAGAAUGGAUGAUGCAAGAAUAGCAAGGAAGGUGUACCUGUGGAAUGAAAGUGGAAGCAAAUGGAGGAAGAGAUGCAUGAGAAUGACAGACAGGAGUGGAUUGCAAGUUGUGUGGGCGAUAAGAAUGGCUGGUAGGAAUCAAAAUGAGCGUGAAUGGGUGGUAACAAGAGGAGGAAGAGUGGGAGCCGAAUGGGAUGUGAGAAAAUGGAAGAAUGAGAUAGACAAAGAAGUGAAAUGUGUGGGACUGAAUGAAUGGAAGAAUGAGAUGGAAAGAAAGAAGACCCUGGAAUGGUACAAGGAGAAAGAGGCCCCGAGGUAUGAAAGGUGGUAUGAUGGAAGCCUGGGCGGUGAUCUUCUCUUCCGAGCGAGGGCACAGUGUAUGGAUGUGAAUGCGAGGAGUUACAGGUGGUCUGAGUCCCUGUGCCAGAUGUGUGACAUGGGAGAGGAUGAGACGGUGGAACAUGUGGUGCUGGAGUGUGUGCAGUAUGCCAGAGACAGGAAUGAGAUGAUGCAAGUGAUACUGACUGAGUUAGGGCAUGAUACGAAUGAAAGAGUGGAGAACACAGGAAAGGAAUGGAUGGUGUUGUUGCUGGGACUGUGUAGAGAGGCGAGUGAAAGAAUGAUUGAGGCUGUGAAACAGUUUCUGGAGAGAAUGUGGCGUGUCAGGUGUAUGAACAAUUAGGAUAGAGGAUGCUGUUCGUUUCUCUCUUUUUUUUUUUCCCCUUCUACAGGAGUUGUCGAUCCAAAGGCCUGACUCAGGAGUGAUCCUGUGCCACCUGUACCAUCAAGAUCAAGAUCAAGACAACAGUUCCCUCGUGUUUACUACCACAGUGCAUAGAAAUCUUAUCUUUUUUCGCAAAUUUCCCAAGUAAUUCCCCACCCCGGAGGCCGCCCCCAGUACCCCAGUUCCCUGCAUCCAUGGUUGACCCGUGUGGCUCCUCUCUGGUGGUGAAAGCCAGUGACGGCAAGAUGGUGAUGGUGACCCUGCCCAACCCCCUCCAGGAAAACUUGGAGGGGGUGACUGAGGGAGGGGCAGGGUGUGGGUCAGGGGCAGAAGGUGACGUGCCAGAGCGACGUCACGUUCCCCCAAAUGCAGGCCGGCAAGUUUGGUGAAUAGCUGGCCUCCUCCUUUUGCCGUAUUCAGAAAUGCUUUACUCUCUCACUGUGACUGUUUUUCAAGGCCACAGCUGACGUCACCAGUCGUCAGUGCACGGCGGGUGCUGCAAGGGGAACUGCAGGAGGUGGACCUGUUCAGCACCUCAUCCCUCCCUGCCCUCUCCCCUGACAGGAGCAUGCCAGACCCAGGGGUGCCCAAGGAAACGGUUGCGGUGGAAACUGGCGUACAGCUGUGCCUGAGCCUGCCGUGGACGCAUUUCCCGGCCCCCGAACUGAACGGUCAACCUGCCGCCAAUCUCAACUUCAACCAGAACAGCUCGGACACGGCUGGCCAGGACAACCACCGCAACACAGACAUGCAUGCACCUGAUAUGGACAUGAAAAUGGAGGGACAGGAGUCCCACGUGAUGGUGUCCGACAGUGAUGCCUCAGUGCAGGAGGGGGAACGGCAGGCAGAGACCCGCAAGUGCCCCUGGGAGAAGCCUGGAGUUAACCGAGCCAAUGAAAGCAGAAUCAAACUUUCCAUUCCAGUCAACUGAACCUGUGAAAGUUCCCAAUCCGGCCAAGCAGGUCCCAGAAGGUGCGGCGUCCAUGCACCCCGUGAUGGUGCUGCACCAGAUGAAGCCUGGCCUGCUGUACAACACUAACAAGACCACCAGGGAUAACAAGUCUUUCUUCACCGUCACCGCCGACAUCGAUGGCAAGGAGUUCUCAGGCAAGGGGACAAAUGUGAAGAAAGCCAAGUUCUUCCUGGCCAACACAGCAAUACUGGGACUGUACGGGGUAGAAUCCACCUUUGAGAUCUCCGCUUAAUAGAAGUAGUAGCUGCCUGGGUACUGGCGGCGGUGUGCGGGGCAGGCGGUCCCUCGCACACGUGGCUGUAGAGUCUGCUACGUGAUAAUGACAAAGUAGAUAGGUAGCUACAUAGUAUUUUAACCUGAAGUCCUGUCUGUGAGUGUUGUCUUGUAUGUUGCUGCUUGCUGAAGGCAGGGAAUGUAGUGAACUGGAGGGGCAGGGCCUGAGUGGCUUACUAAACUCCUGUGGAAGGGAAGUGAUGGUCUGUGCUAAAUGUUGCAGUCUGACGAGUGACGUGGAAUUCAAUUUUUCCACGUGUAAAUUCUUCCAGUCCAGUGUUUACCUUUAUUUUGUUCCAGCUCUGUUACUUAGUGCCAGAGUUAGAAGACUGACAUUUAACGGAAUUCUUAUUUAUGAUUUUGACGUACUUUCUUUUCCCAUUUAUUUACUUAGCCCGUGAAGUGUGGGUGCUCCUUGCAAAUGGUCGGUGCUGAGCCUGCCAUGAAUGCAAAUCAAAUGCAGCUGAUUGUGAAAGACAGGCACAGGAGAAGGGGUCAGUCACUCAUUCCUGCUUGUGUCAGAUCACUCAUCUAGUGUUCUGCUGUGGAGUGGAGUGGGUGAUGAGAGGGCUGUGGUGAUGGGACAGUGACAGACAAGCCCUACUUACUGAAAACAAAAGUGUGCGAACUCAUCACAUCAACACUUAUUUAGCUUCCUGACAAAAAUGGCAUCCAGUUUCAGAUGUUUAAGGUAUUUAACUCAUCUAUUUAUUUAAAGGUACCCACUCUUUAUGGGUUAAAUGAAAGCUGUACUCUAGUUUAGCAGUCAGUCUCACCACUUGGUUUAAUGUGAGCAGGUAAGGAAGCCCUAGAACCUGGCCCUUGGUUAGGUUCUGGUGACUUCUGGCUGGAAUCUCAGUACCUUAAUUUCUCUUCUGGUUGAAACUUUCUCCUCAAACACAACUGGCUGGAGCUGAGUCCUGGGAUGGUCAGCUGUUUAAAUAUUACUACACAAAAUGUUAUGAGUUUGAAUACAUAAUGAAAAUUUCUUUAAUGUGUAUGUAUGUAAAGGUUAUAAAAGCAAGUAUUUUUUUCUUUUUCAAUUUUUGUAUAUAAUUGAGGUUAAGAUGAAUUUGAAACAUUGAUUGCAAUUUAUCAAGCUGGUGUUUUUGGUUUUGAAGGAAGUGUAAGUGCAAGAGGUAUGAAUUUGAAACAUUGAUUGCAAUUUAUCAAGCUGGUGUUUUUGGUUUUGAAGGAAGUGUAAGUGCAAGAGGUAUGAAUUUGAAACAUUGAUUGCAAUUUAUCAAGCUGGUGUUGGUUUUGGUUUUGAAGGAACUGUAAUUGUGCAAGAGGUAAUCAUUUGAUCAGAGUGGAAUUAAUGAAGCAGUUUACCACA